AUCACCAAUUAGGGCUUGUUAACCGUUACAGGUUAUGUCUCAUUCUUGACUAGCUCAAAGUCAAAGAGUAGAAAAUGCGUCACCGUCCCAUAUUGUCAUUGAGCGCCAUCGCGAGCUACAUUGUAGUGGCCGUGAAUGCGGCGGCCUUGCCGGCCGACACCACGAGUAUGGCGUCCCUGGACUACUCGCAGCUUCCGAUCACGGAAAAGCCUCUCUUCACUCCGCCUGUUGAGGAAGUCGUAGAUGUCCUCUCGCGCGGACUAAAGUCCAACUUCGCGACGGUGGAGGUGUCGGCGGCGCCGUGCCCCGACCUCACGCAGCCGCCUUUCUUCCUCACCUCGCCUGGUUUGACUGGCAACGAGAAGCUGGUGGAGAUCGGCGGGCCGCCGUACCUGGUGCCGCGCGUGCGGCGCGACAAGCUGUACGACCUGGCGGCGCUGCUGCGGCACCUGCGCCGGGACCCCGCGCUGCUGGCCGGCGCCGGCGCCGGGCCCUGGCCGCACAUCGGCGUCAACUGCGAGGGCAUAAUAAACCUGAGCGUGCGCAACGGUACUGUAGAACAGGGCACGCGCAUCGUGUCGGUGGAGCCGGUGGGCGCGCCCAAGGGCCAGAGCGGCUACCUGCAGCGCCGGCUGCCGGCCAGCGAGACGAGGACUGCGUUGCUCGGCAACUACCUGCUUAGCGACGGCCUUCCCGGACAGGUGAUCAAGGUUGUCGCCAAAAAGCGAAUUGGAGAAGCCAAUUUCAUCACCUCAAUAAGAGAAACUUUGAAGAAGCAUUAUGGUGAUAAAGUCGUGGGGCUGGGAGGCACGUUCGUGCUGCGCGCGGGCAAGGUGAAGCACCACGUGAUGCCGGACUUCUCGCGCGCGGCGCUGUGCUCCGACGCCGACGUGGACGCCUGGCUGCACUACUUCGACAUGCGCGCGCCGAUUGUACAUGUCGGCACGCUCGUCACCGGCGACCUGGGCCUGGACCUGCGCGUGCAGCACUUCCACGGGUUCAGCGAGCACGGCGACGGCGGCCACUACCACUACGACGUGACGCCCGACGCCGCGCACUACGAGGCCUACUUCGUGCUGGCGCGCGCCGUCGUGCGCGUGGACCCGCCCGCCGACACGCACGCCAUGGGCCGCGACUAGGGUUGCCAGGUCCAAA